AUGGGUUACCUCUCAGAUUUUGGCGGAGCCUUCUUGGUUAUACUUCUCGUCUGCUAUCUGGUUGAUGCCGCAAGACUUAGAGCAAGACGCAAGCAAUUGAUGAAGGAACAUGGUUGCGAAGAACCCCCCAAGCGAUCAUCUAAAUAUCCAUUCGGUAUCGACCUUUUCCUUGACAAAAUGAAGAAUAUAAAAAAUCAUAAACAUCUCGAAUCUAUCAUGAAUCAUCACAAUGAACUCGGAAGCACGUACACUGAGGAGUCUAUCGGCACAACAACCAUCUUUACCAUCGAUCCUCAAAAUCUUCAAACAUAUUAUAGUACAAACUUCAAGGACUAUGGGGUUUAUCAUCUAAGAAAAAAGGCUUUCUCUCCACUUCUAGGAGAUGGCGUAUUCAGUACUGACGGACCAUUUUGGGAACACUCCCGGGCUUUGAUUCGGCCUACCUUUACAAGGUACAACGUGGCCAAUUUUCCGGCAUUUGAGAUACAUCUUCAAAGGUUCCUAAAGCUUAUUCCAAGAGAUGGAAGAACGGUGAACUUAAGUUCGUUGCUCGAUGAUUUGUUUCUAGACACAUCCACCGAGUUUAUUUUUGGCCAAUCUGUCGACGCUUUAGAUGAAUCUUCUGAUGAAGCUUCUGAUUCCCAUAGAUUUCUCAACUCCUUCCAUCAUGCUCAACGAGACCGUUGGGAUAAGAAAGAAAGACGCGCAGUUCAUAAGUUGGUCGAUGCACAUAUUGAUAAGGCACUUGAGCUUCGCCGAGAAUAUCUUGCCUCCAGGAAAUCACGCACGAAUCCAGAUCCGUCAAGUUCAAGCGACGGAGAAGAUGAAGAAGAAAAUCAUCGCUAUAUUCUCCUUCACGAAAUGGCCAAGGAAACAGAUGAUCGUCGAGAGCUCCGAAAUCAAACUUUGCAGGUAUUCUUGGCAGGUCAUGAAGCUACGGCUAUUGGGGUUGGGAAUGCGAUUUUUUGGUUAUGUAGAAAUCAGAAGGUUUGGGAGAAACUGAGGAGAGAGGUAUCGGAACAUAGGGAGAAGGAUGAAGAAUUAACAUUUAAGAGUUUGAAAGGGAUGAGAUAUUUACAAUGGGUUGUUAACGAGACUCUCCGUCUCACCCCCAUAGCCCCAACCAUAACCCGUGGAGCUGUUUGCGAUACCAUCCUCCCUCGCGGUGGCGGCCCUUCAGGAACUUCCCCAGUUCUAGUCAAAGCCGGUACUCUCAUUACUCCAAACAGUUGGGUAUUUCAUCGUCUAGCACCUUGUUAUCAACCCGACCCCGAAGCGUUCAGACCAGAACGCUGGGAACAUUUGAGGCCAGGAUGGAAUUACUUACCAUUUGGAGGUGGAACUAGAAUGUGUGCGGGAAGAAAUCUGGGAUUAACGGAGAUGGCAUAUGUGCUUGCGAGAUUGGUACAGGAGUGGAAAGUGGUGGAGUGCAGGGAUGAAGUUGCGGAGUGGGUGGAGGAGAUCAAAUUGAGCGUGGAGAGUGGGAAUGGUGUCAAGGUUGGAGUGGAGUGGGCUUGA